AUGGCUGCGCUGCUGAGCCUUGUCCUGCUGCUGGUGGCCGGCGGUGCCCGCGCCGCCGUGCUGCCCGAGUCCCGCGUGGUCAACGGGCAGGAUGCGGAGCCCUACAGCUGGCCCUGGCAGAUCUCGCUGCAGUACGAGCGGGACGGGACCUUCCGCCACACCUGCGGGGGCACCCUGAUCGCGGCCAACUGGGUGAUGACGGCCGCGCACUGCAUCUCCAAAUCCCGCACGUACCAGGUGGUGCUGGGCGAGUACGACAUGAGCACCGGGGAGGGCUCCGAGCAGCGCAUCCCCGUCAACUCCGACGACAUCUUCGUGCACCCCAAGUGGCUCAGCUUCUGCGCGGCCUGUGGCAAUGACAUCGCCCUGAUGAAGCUGCAGCGCCCGGCCGUGCUCUCGGCGCAGGUGCAGGUGGGGCGGCUGCCGCCCGCCGGCUCCGUGCUGCCCAACGGGUACCCGUGCGUGCUCAGCGGCUGGGGACUGCUCACCACUGGGGGGUCUACUCUGCCGGACCGGCUGCAGCAGGCCGAGCUGCCCGUGGUGGAUUACGAGCACUGCACCCAGCCUGACUGGUGGGGCGCCCUGGCCAUCCGCAAGACCAUGAUCUGCGCCGGCGGCGCCGAGAAAUCCGGAUGCAACGGCGACUCCGGGGGACCCCUGAACUGCCAGGCUGAGGAUGGCACCUGGGAGGUGCACGGCAUCGCCAGCUUCGUGUCUGCCCUGGGCUGCAACGCUGCCAAGAAACCCACGGUGUUCACCCGCGUGUCCGCCUUCGAGGACUGGAUUGCUGAGGUGGGCACAGGGAAGGGGAUCCUGGGCUGCCGGGGGGCAAGGGGCCCGGUGCCCAUGGCCGUGGCCCUCCUGGCCCGGCCGUCUCCUCGCAACGGCCGGCACCGGCGCGUGACCGGGAACAAAGAGCCCUUUCACGGUGUCCUCGCUGCCACCGGCACCCUGGGACCCCCCAACGGGGCACCCCGGGGCCACCCCCCCACCCCGGGGCUCUGCAGCACCCCCGAUUCCCGCUGCGAUCCGCGUGGAAAAUUCCAGCUGCAGGGCUGUAUAAGUUUUAUGGGCUCCUUGUCGCCGUGUCCUCGGGGACCUUUGCUCCCCCGCCGGUGGCCCUGGCGGUGUCGCCCGCCCCGCAGCCCCCUCGCUAUCGCCGGCCCUUUGCUCCGGGCCAGGGGGAGGCUCGGCUCCCCCAGCUCGUGA